ACAGUCUUAAAACGAACGUUGAGGUGUUGACACGCGAUUAAAAAAGAGAAAUCUAUUUCAAGUAUUCCAACGCAAACAAAUCAAAUUUUAAGUUUUUGUUGUGAGAAGUUUAAAAAGUGAUCGUUAGUCCCGCAUUAAUGUGGAUAAGAGUUUUUUAAUGCUUAUUAAAACCUUGAAUAUUUUCAACAAUGGAUAAUUUCGAAGAGAUAGAAGUAAUAACAGAAAAAAUUAGAAAGUUCGGUUUAAAUAAAAUGAUUUUAAUGAAUAAAACUUGCAAUAGCGAAGUUCCUUCAUCAUUUGAAUACUUAUCAGCAAUCAACGUUUAUGGUAUCACGUUGCUUUUCAUCGGAGGUUUGGCCGUUUUGUUAAUUCUUUAUACCUUCAUAGACACCUUAAAAUACAUCAUAGAACAUUCUUCGUCAAGAGUUAAAACGCAUUCGACCUUCGUCAUCGGCGUCUAUCCGGUCGUUGCUUUAUCAACGUUCUGCGCAAUAUUAGUACCUAGAGCCCAUUUACUUGCGGAAGCGAUGACCCAAGGAACUUUUAUGGUGGGAAUGUAUCAACUAUUUUGUCUUUUCGUGGCUUAUUGCGGUGGCGAAGCUGAAAUGAUUAAUCGAACGAAACCGGACGAAUUAAACUUAAAAGUCGGCCCGUGUUGCUGUUGUUGCUUAUUUCUACCUUCGAUAUCUAUAAAUAAAAACCGCAUAACGUACUUGAGGUUACUUGUUUUGCAACUACCAAUGGUACAAGGACUCGUUUAUGCCACUUUAUUAGUUUUAUGGGCAGAAAGAGAGAGUCUUUAUCAAGUUAAUUACAUGUACUUUCAACCAAUUAUUGUAUUGUCGAUAUUAAUCGGAAUUUGGAGCAUGACGAUUACUAUAAAUCUCUUAAAAAAUCGUUUGGUCGAUUAUAAUAUGCAAGGAAAAUUUUUUGUUCUUCAAAUGGUGCUGAUGUUUGCAAAAUUACAAGCUUUAAUAACGAAAAUUCCAGUUUGGACCGGGUUAUUACCGUGUAAUCCGCCAAUAACGCCAACGAUGUACGGAAAUUUGAUUCAUAACACGUUAAUGUUAGCCGAAAUGGUACUUUUGGGAUUUAUUGCGAGAAAAUUGUACAAGAAGAAACUACCUGAUUUGGAACCCAUCCAAAAUGGAUUUGUUAUAAAAACGAUCGGUGCGAUGGUUUUACAAGAAAGUAACAACAAUAAUAACAGUAACAGUCAACUUGAUAAUCCAAGUAAUACCAAUCCAAGUUUCCAAUAUUAAUUUAGAAAGAUCUUGUUAUAAAAGUGGAACUGACUUCAACUGUAAUAUUACGUGAACGAUAUAUCGUUUACAAUAUUGUAAUUUUAAGUUAUUUAUUGCAUAAAAUAUUUGUAAAUGUGAUUCAAAAGUAAAUCAACAAAUUUAAACCCCAAAUAGAAAAACUAAUUAUCUGUUGAGUACAGGUAAGAUAAUAAUAUUUAUUUACAUGUGAGAUACUCAAUUUUGAAACAGCUGCAAAUUAACAAACAAUGUAAAUUUACGUUCGGCUUUUACAUUCAAGUAUAUCGGUUAAUUAUAAUUUUAUUGACAAACAUUUAAUUGUUUAUUUUUACGAUUGGACAUGAUGGAA